AUGUCUAUCUCAAUUUUAAAAACCCAUUAUCGGUGGGGUGCCACCAUUUUAACACCUGGACAGAUUGAAGAAAUUAGAUAUCUCAAAAAUAAGGUUCCAGUGUACAUGAUAGUAAAUGAGUACCAUAUUAAUAAAAACCGUGUUCAUGAUAUAUGGAAUGAUUGUGAGCGUUCACAGCAAAAUAGAAACCACUUUUUCGAGGAGCUUAGAAAAGUACAAUCCGUCUCAUCAGUCCCUCCUUCAGAAAAUGACCCCCAAGAAAAAGAAAACAAUUAUCCAAUUGUAGGAUCUUUAAAGUCGUUAGACGAGUCAAUUACAAGUGAAUUAUCUAGUUCGUCUAGGACCCCUUUAUUUUCUGAGUUCAUUGAGACGGGUGGGUCCCUCUUAGAUCGUGUACAGGAAAAGCAAAAAAAGAAAAAGAAGUCAUCAAAACCCAAACUCGUUCAAA